AUGAGACUUAUCACCUUUCUUCCUGCAUUCGCAGCCUUCUAUCUUGCCCAUGGACUUGAAGCUCGUCUCCCAGGUUAUGGUGUAGAGGAGUUUUCUUGGGAAAUGGAAACAAGCCCUGGGGGUCCCACCGUGAUCCUCAGCGGCACCAUACAGGAGAUUUAUGCCGAGCUGAUUAAGAUUAACCCAACUUACGAUGGAGACUUUGCUGAGCUGGCAGCGAACAAUCCCCCGGGCGACAUUGUAGCACAGACCUUGCUUAAAGACGACGUGCGGGGCCUGCGCGCGAUCCUUCGCGCCGCGUUCUCCCACCUCGCCGUGCUGGAGGAUUUCUGCUCCGUCCAGGACGAGCUCUACCUGAAUUCCUUGCCGCAGGAGCCGGAAGCGGGGGAAUUGAUUGAAGACCCCGCGGUAUGGCUCACUUGGCCGCGCCUGCGCCGUCUCGCGCUAUACAACCCUUGUGUAGAGGGUUAUUUCGUGAAGGGUCUGCUGCAGUGCUCACCGAAUCUCACGCAUAUGGUCCUCACGCGACCCGAUUGCUACAUGGACGAGGCGCUGCCCUCGGACGUGGUAGACCGUCUGCCCUGGCUAGGUUUGCAAUGGGUGCUGGUCGUCAACACCAGGGAGGGCCACCGCCGUGACGCUCGUGUCCGCGACCACUAUCUUCCAGCGGCCCUGGGGCAAGCCAGCUUUUGGUCCCGGCUGCACCGCGCCGAGCAGCGCACGAGGUGGAUCGAUGACUCCGGGGAAGCGAUGGUCGGAGGGGCACUGAUAACGUACGCGGACGUGCCUGUAUCCUCGGGGCAGGAUGGCGAGGGCGACGAUGAUAUUCCUCUGUCACAGGAGUGGACAACAACAACGGGGAACGACGAGUCGACGCCGUUGACAGAGUUGUCAUCAUCACGCUCAUCCGCUGCUGAGACCAUGCGAAUCACCCCCUACCCCGUCCCGCCGUCAACCGUGCUGGCCAUGACAGGCCAGUAUCCCCCACAGACCUACAGAGGACUACAGGAUCUAACUCGAGAGAUCGCCGCUCUUCAGGAGCGGCUAAGGCAGCGCGACGCCAAUCAGUACCUGUCGUUUAAGCAUGUGUCGGCCGAGGAUCUCCAUUCGUUGGAAGAAAGUCGUGAUCAGGUGCGACGGGCUGUUCGCCUCACCUACUUCCCCGACAUUGAGACUCUUUUGAUCAAGGUUCCAACUCUCCACCAUGAGAAGGCGCACCGCAGUUUUGCCGAGGAGACGGUCACUGCUUUGACGAAUAUGGGGGUCCGCGUCAUGGAGCGUGAACCUACCGGGGCCGGGCGAUACACGGCGCGCUCAGCUUCUCGGAAGGAAGCAGACUCUUCGUACAGGAAUGGACUGCUGAGACCCACCGGCACCGACUGGCCCCAUUUUGUGAUUGAGAGCGGCCUCUCCGAAUCCUUAUCCCGACUCCGCCAGGAUGUUAACUGGUGGAUAGCGAAUUCAGGCGGCAGGGUAUUGCUUGUCUUGCUCUUGAAAGUCUCACGGUCAGAUCAGACGCUCACGAUAGAGAAGUAUUUCCCGCAGCGCCAGCCAGUCACUCGGGCGCGCGUCGCCGCCGGCGGACCCGGCUUUAUCCCCCAACGCAUCACCACUACGGUGGUGAAGGUGGGAACUACACAUCCUUCAGUUCAGGGACCACCGGUUGUGCUGGAAUUCCACCGAGUGAUUGGCAGGCAGCCAGUAGCCCCGCGUGAGAGGAAUGUGGUCUUCGCGCAUGCAACAUUGAUCGAACUCGCCCUCAUGAUCUUCAAAUGA